UAAACAUGGAAGCUCAAGACUCUGCUGUUCUUGAAGCAGUAAAGGCAUCAGGGGAAUCCACACUGGAAAAAGCUAAAGCAAAAGCUUUAUCAGAAUUCAACCAGUUGUUAAAUGUUUCACUUGACAUUGCUGUGACAGGAAGGACAGGAGCUGGGAAAUCCUCCCUUGUAAAUGCUCUUAGAGGCCUGAGCGAUAAUGAUGAAGAUGCAGCCCCUACUGGAGUCACAGAAACUACAAUGGAGUGCACCAAGUAUGAGUAUCCUGGACAGAAACAUGUGAAAAUCUGGGAUCUGCCUGGAAUAGGAAGCCCAAACUUUAAAGCCAAUAAAUAUCUUAAAGAGGUCAAUUUUGAUACCUAUGAUUUCUUCAUUAUCCUUAGCUCAGAGAGGUUCUGUGAGAACGACAUCAUGCUGGCUAAUGAAAUAAAAAAGAAGAAGAAAAACUUUUACUUUGUUCGUUCAAAGAUUGACAACGACAUCUCUUCAGAGGAAAGAAAAAAAGGAUUUAAUGAGCAAAAAGUUAUUUCCCUAAUAAGGGAAGACUGUGAGAAAAACGUAAAAAAAGUGGGAAAUCCCAAAGUUUUUUUGAUAUCGUCUUAUGAUUUGGAGAAAUAUGAUUUAGAAGACCUGAGAAUGACACUAAAAGAGGACCUGCCUAUCCAUAAAAGAUCUGCUCUCCUACAAGUCUGGCCAGUUUGCUCUACUAAAGCUCUUGAAGAGAAGAUCAAGUAUUUUGAAAAGAUGAUCUGGGCUGCAUCUCUUGCAUCUGGAGCAAUUGCAGUGGUCCCUGUGCCUGGCCUAUCAGUAGCAUGUGAUACAACCAUUGUGAUAGCAUUCUUUGUACGGUGCUAUUAUGCAUUUGGCUUAGAUGAUAAGUCAUUGACCAGACUUUCAGAGAAAGUGAAUAUCCCCUUGACAGAAUAUUUGGGCACAUCAAAGAUUGCUACUGCUAUUAAAGAAAAAGCAGUGACCAGGAUAGGUGUUUCUGCAACAGUAGCAGUGUUGGCUAGCACUGAAUUUGCAUUGAGUCUUCUUCCAGGUGUGGGCAGUGUUGCUGCUGCAGGGUUAUCCUUUGCUACCACACAAUACCUUCUGAGCGAAGGAUUAAAAGACCUGGCAAAUACUGCUUGGGAAAUCAGAAAAAAAGCUGGACUGGAUACAAUAUGAACUACAACUGAUAUCCAGCUAGCUUUGAAGGGGAGAUUUCACAAGACUUUUUAAGAUGUAAAAUAAAUCUUUGGUG